UGAAACAUCACUCUAGUUUCAUACAGAACGCUACUGCGUGGUCGGCGUGUUCGUCGGUUCUACUCUCCGUCUCUACCGCCUGCACUUGGUCUGUGAGAUAUCCUUCAGAGAUAGUUGUGCGAGCAUAGUGUGGGACCGCAUUGGAUAUUAAGGACGCGCCAGGGCUACUGUGCUACGGAACGGAAGAAAUCCUGUGUCCAGAAUGGAAUUCAUCAACCAAACCUACUUUGCACUACGAGGGCCGCAGGGUGCCCCGCAGUCAGCACCAGAAACCAUAGCUCGUUUGGCCGACCGACUCUCACCCUCCACCCUUCUCGCCGACCGUCGUGCGGCUGUUCUCUCGCUCAAGGGUCUCUCGCGCGACCAUAGAGCGGAUGUCGGCAAAUACACGCUUUCCGGCCUCAUAGAUGUGCUCCUGAACGACGCCGAGAUUGAUGCGGACAUAGGAAAGGCCGUUCUCGAGACAUUGAACGUCUUGUGCGAAGCCGACGACACCGCUAGCCCGCACGCACGCGAGCUGGGCUUCCGGCAUACAGAUCAAGUCUUGAAGGACGAGAAGGUCGCCCACAAGCUCUUCGCGCUCCUAGCGGACCAUUCAUUCUACCUUCGCGUGUCCAUCCUUCAAUUCCUGUCGACUCUGUUGCAGAACCGACGUCAGGUCGUCCAGGGAUAUUUCUUGAAAGCUCCCGUGGGCCCGACCAGCUUUGUCGCCGUUCUCGAAGAGAAGCGAGAGAUUAUCCGACAUGAGGCCAUCUUCGACAUACAAUCACUCAUCUCGCAGAGUCCCGAGAUCCAGAAGAUACUCGCGUUCGAGGGCGCGUUCGAGCGACUGUUCACGAUCGUGACAUCCGAGGGCGGCAUCGAGGGUGGAGUUGUCGCGCACGAUGCGCUCGCCUGCAUCGACGGCCUGCUCAGAUACAACCAGUCCAAUCAGAGCUAUAUGCGUAAUAGCCCACUGCCGCCCAUCUUGCUGUCGAUUCUCGGGUUCCCGCCCGCACUUCCCCACGAUCAGUCGCCGCCGCAGGGCUUCGCCUUGCAGCUAUGGGACGUCCCGCAGAAGCGCACGAACACUGCAAUGGCGGUCGGCAUCGUCGGACUUCUCGCCAGGAGCGGAGGGGGCAAUAUGGCUGACCCUUUGGCAUUCGCCUUCAGCCGUUGUCUCAUUGAGAUAGGUCUUGCGUCCAACUUCCCGACGUCAAUCAAGACUCAGGCGCUGCGUAUCCUACCCAGCAACUUGAGUAGCUUCCCCUUUGGGCAGAUGAUGAUGACCCCAUACGUGCCCGUACCGGAGACGAACGGCGAAGAGUGGGACCGCUUAGAGCCGGCAUCUGCCCUGGACAUCUUGGUCGAGCUCAUCCUCCAUGGCGAGUACAAUGGCAUCCUUGAGGGCGAACGCCGGACGAAGGAGGUUUUGGAACUAAGGGCUGCUGCGCUUGGCGUGUUCCAGAACUUCGUCCAACGAGAAGAAAUUGCGGAGGCGAUCGUGCAGGGGAUGGCUUCGCCGCCAGAAUCCGCACCUGCCACACCCCUCCUAGAUGCGCUCACCGCGGCACACACCACGCCCCUCCGCAUAAGCACCGUGACGGCGACACACAUGGCGUGUCUGCUCUUCUCGCAUCUCUUGCGCGCGUCCACGCACGCCAAGACCCUCGCGCGCUCCAUCGUCCCCCCAAGCGCAUUCUCUGCGCGCGCGGGUGGCAGCUUCUUCGUUCCUGCGGACGGUGGCGCGCCACCGCCACCACCGGAGGAGGAGCCUGAGCAGGAGGAACCGCAGACGCUGCUGCAAAUUCUGAGCGAGCAUCUGUCACUGGCGUUCCUCUCCCGCAGCCGUGAGGACACCUCGGAUCGGGAGGCGAGGGAGUGGGAUCGGUUGUUGGUAGGCUAUUUGACGCUGCUGUCACAGUGGCUGUGGGAGGACCCGCAGGCGACGAGACAGUUCUUGGAGGCGGGUGCAUUGGGGAUCCUUGUAGAGCCCAUCAACCAGAUGUCGGAGACGGACACGCUCGUCCCUGCGUUGUGCGUCUUCCUGCUCGGCGUUUGCUAUGAAUUCAACCGGGAGCCCGGUGAGAUCACACGCUCGACGAUCCACUCGAUCCUGACCCGCCUCGGAGUCGACAUGCUCGUCGGACGCGUCAUCCGCCUGCGGGAAGACGACCGCUUCAAGGCGAUCGGGCCCGAUACGCUCGUCCUCACGCCUCCCAGCGCGCCGUCGCACCUCCAGGCGGGGCCCGCGGCAAAGCCCGAGGUCGAGGAGGGCGAGAUGUGGUUCGAUUGGGCGUUCGUCGACUUCUGGAAGUCGAAUUAUUAUACGGUGCAGAAGGGGUUGCAUGCGGAUCCCAACUCGUUGUCGUCCUCACCAGGCAUGGGCGAGACAGCCAUGCUCGUCGCCUCCCUCAAAGACGUUAUCCGCAACCAGGCGAAAGAGAUCGAUACCCUCCGUGCACAACUUCAGGAGCUCACUGCCGAAGCCCAGAAACCCGACGAGAGCGAGGCAUUGCGCGCAGAGGCUGCGCGGCUCGCGGAGGAGGCGCGCGCCGUGGAGGAGAAGCAGCGCGAGGUGGAGAAGGAGCAAGAGGACCUGUUGGUGCUCCUGGACGAACUGAACAGUAAGCGGAGGCGAGACAAGCAGCGGAUGCGGGAGGCCGCGAUGGAAGUGUCGGAGGACGAGGGGGACGAUGAAGAGGAGGAAGAGGAAGAGUAAUCUCGACCGAAGCUGUUCCGUUGUGGAUUGUGUCUGCUGUUGCAUAUAUAUGGGACUUAUGAGCAGGUACGGACCCGGGGCUCGGAAGUUAGCUGAGUAAGUAUGCCCACGGGCCACCAGUGCCAGCCGGAGUCUAAAUUGUAGUCUGUUGUACUGCACGCACACUGCAGGGCCAAAGCAGCCCGCUGAGCACAAAA